UGCCACUUUUACAAAUGGCAGCUGAUAGACAGUUUGGAGAUAUGUCCUGGUCGAGGGCCGCAAUAAUCAACAUAUCUAGUCAACUGGGAUCAGUAGGUGAAAAUAUGACAGGCGGGUCGUAUCAAUACAGGGAAUCAAAAGCCGCAUUAAAUCAGUUGACAAAGAAUCUUAGUAUAGAACUUGGCACUAGAGGUAUUCUUGUAACAGGCAUUCAUCCAGGACGGGUUCGUACUGACAUGGGUGGACCAAAUGCUGAGAUAGGACUUUACGAAAGUAUUCGAGGAAUAAUCAAAGUGCUCAAAGGACUAAACGAGGAAAGUGCAGGAAAUCUGUAUUCCUACACUGGACGAAUAAUCCCGUGGUAAAGUGUAUCACGUGACACGAAU